AAAAAAAUUAAUAGGGAUACACCUAAUAUUUGAACUACCCGAAGAAAAGAGCAAAAAUGUUUACGGCUACGAAGCUUUUCAUCAAAUGUUUGUUCUUCUGUAUUGUUUUGCUAGGAAGCGUAAUGGAAGUCCAUGCUUUAGUUCGUUCCUAUAAGUUUGAAUUGAUAAAUUCAUUACACACUAGACUAUGCUACAGCAAGACUAUGCUAACGAUAAACGGACAAUCCCCGGGGCCGACUAUAUAUGCUAGAAGGGGGGAUUUGAUCAUAGUUGAUAUUGUUAAUCGCGCAGACCAAAAUAUAACCGUCCACUGGCAUGGAGUAAAGAUGCCAAGGUAUCCAUGGUCAGAUGGUACCAACUUUGUGACACAAUGCCCAAUUAGGCCCGACAAAAGGUUUAGACAACGGAUUAUCCUCUCUGAUGAAGAAGGCACAUUGUGGUGGCACGCUCACAGUGAUUGGUCUCGGAAUACAGUGUACGGCGCCAUCGUGAUUCUCCCGCCGAGGAGGGAGACUUAUCCAUACCCCAAGCCUUAUGCUCAUCAUCCCAUCUUAAUUGGAGAGUGGUGGAGUGUUGACGUGCAACAAAUGAUGGAGGAAUUUCUAAAAAAUGGAGGCGAUCCUCAACCUUCGAAUGCUUUCCUCAUCAAUGGUCAACCCGGAGACUUGUAUCAAUGCUCAUCACAAGAUACAUACAAGAUCCAUGUGGAAUUCGGCAAGACUUACCUGAUCAAAUUGGUAAACGCUGUGAUGGACAACAUCAUGUUCUUCAAAAUAGGAAACCACAACUUCACCGUCGUCGGCUCUGACGGAGCCUACACCAAGCCGAUGCAGACAGAUUACGUGGCGAUAUCCCCGGGCCAGACCAUCGAUCUGUUGCUUGAAGCCAACCAGGCGCCCGGCCAUUAUUACAUGGCCGCUAGAGUAUACGCCAGCGGAGGAGAAGUCGUGACCAUCCCCGCCACCGCAAUCAUCGACAAUCGGCUUAGAAGCAUAGGAAACAACGUCGACGUUCCUAAGAAGGUGACAAAGAAGUUAUUCUUCACCCUUUCGAUGAAUCGAAAGCUGUGUCCCGAAAGCUGGUGCUUGAGUGACACUAGGCUUGCUUCUAGCGUCAACAACUUAUCCAUGGUGUUGCCCGCGACCGACAUUUUGCAGGCUUACUACCGAGGAAUCGAUGGAAUUUACACCCCUGAUUUCCCCGACUUUCCACCUUCUGUUUUUGACUACACACGAGAUAUCAUGCGCAAGGAAAAGUCGGCCACGCGAUAUGGAACAGCCGUUAGUGUUUUGGAGUAUAACUCGACGGUAGAAGUGGUGUUUCAAGCGACCAGCAUCGCCGGAGGCAUUGAACAUCCCAUGCAUUUACAUGGAUACAGUUUCUAUGUCGUCGGAAUUGGGCUCGGGAACUUUGACCAAAUCCGGGAUCCACGCAACUAUAAUCUCAUCGACCCGCCAUUGAUGGAAACCAUAGGCGUGCCCAAAAAUGGAUGGACCGCUAUAAGAUUUAAGGCUAACAAUCCAGGAGUUUGGUACAUGCACUGCCAUUUCGAACGUCAUCAGAGCUGGGGAAUGAAGAUGGUGUUUAUCGUUAAGGAUGGAGAACAACCCCACGAGAAGAUGCUUCCGCCACCGCCAGAUAUGCCGAGCUGUGAGACGCCGCCUCCCCAGUUACUGUUUAGGAUUUGAAUGUUGUUUAUUAUGUUUAUAUUUAUUUUUUUUUUGAAAUACAUGAAACAUAAGUAAUCAAAUCUCAAUUUAGAAAAGCUGACUUGCUAGAUAUUUGAUAUGAUACAUUGUGUACUCUUCCUAGAAUAAUGUGUUUUCCAUAUAGGAUGGAUGGUGUCAGUUUUUUUAGCUUAAUAGAAAACAUGCUAUACUCCUUUUUUAAGCAAUACUACAAUAUAACUUAUUCAUA